GAUGCAACCUAUCCAUCAGAAGAAGCCUUCAGCUACUUGAUUGUGAGUCGUGGCGAUUGGAGGCGAUUCACGAAGAAGGGAAAGCCAACGGAAGAGAAGGAGAUGUCCGCCCAUCCCCGUAUCGUGUCUCCCACUCCUGUGGGCGGGGCCGCGGCGAUCGAUGUUGACUUAUGUCUGCCAAGUGGUGACUGCGAACGCGUUGUCUUCUCCAAGUCGGGCACACAUCGAACACUUUACUUCUUCCUCAGAAAUGCGCGAGCUGGCGAUAUAGCCCCGUGCGAACGACUAGAAGAAACCGACACGAACCAAAAGUCUGUAGAGCAGUCGGACAACACACAGUCUUAG